AUGGCAAUAAGGUACAUACAGCGCCGGUUUGAGCACACCACACUAUUUGUCGAAUCGUCGUCCAAAAUCCCGCCUGGUGUAGAACCUUACAACCCCGAUGCACCCAAGAAACCAGAAAUUGACUUGAUUAUAACACUCGGAGGCGAUGGAACAAUUCUGCACGCAAAUUCUAUGUUCAAUACGGGACCUGUACCUCCAGUGCUCAGCUUUUCGUUGGGUACGCUUGGGUUUUUAUUACCCUUUCAUAUCGGGUCACUGCCCACUGCAUUGGAAAAUACGUUUUCCGGGACGGCAACCGUCUUGGAGCGGAUAAGACUCGCUUGCACAUUUCACGAUGCUGCGGGGAAAGUUUUGUUAAAGGGAGCUAGAAGCCGAUUAUUGGCUAUGAACGAGGUUGCCCUGCAUCGUGGAGGUAGUCCACAUCUGACUAGGAUUGAUUCGUUUGUAGAUGAUACACAUCUGACGGAAGCAGUUGCAGAUGGUCUCAUCGUAUCCACCCCCACAGGCUCCACGGCCUAUUCGCUAUCGUCCGGCGGACCAAUAGUUCACCCUUCCGUUGAGGCACUGGUAAUGACACCUAUUUGUCCAAGGUCUCUUUCCUUUCGACCUCUGGUCCUUCCCGCAUCGUCGGAAAUCCGUCUCAUGGUCCAUAAAGCGUCGCGAGCACAUGCUGAAGUUUCGGCGGAUGGACAGUCGGUCAUGAACCUUUUCCCCGGAGAGUCGGUUCGGAUCUCCAUUUCAAGAUAUCCAAUACCGUGUAUCAGCCGGUCCUCGCCUGCCAGUGCCCCUGACGGGGACGAAGACGGCAUACCAAGUAAUGCGGACCAGGACAAUUGGGUCCGAGAUAUCAACAAUCUGCUUUUGUUCAACGCUUCGUUCAAGAGCAGUGCAAUAGUUUUUGGGAAAGAGAUCGCUUAG